AGCGUAUGUAUAUGCCAAAAAAUAGUCUAGCUUUUUUUUAUUUUAAAUACAUACCCUUACGUAGAUACAGGGUCAACUUUUGCUUUUCUUUUUGCUUUUAAAAAUGUCAUUUAUAUUUGAUCAAGUUAAAUUCGGAAAUAUAACAAAAAUAAGAUUUCAGUCAGUGUCAAUUGUGUGAAGUUAAUAUAAUAUAUGAAUUUUAAAAUGAUUUUUUUGUCAAUUAGUAUAUAACUAUGAUAUGUUGAAGUAUUUUAUUCACUGCUGUAGAAGCGAAGCAAAAGCCGAAGAAAUGUAUUUAAAUAAAUAUGCGGAAAGACGUCAACCGGGUAGAGCUAUGUUUAGGCAUCUGAAAGACUUUGUCACCUACGGGAGUUUUGCUAAGAUAAAAUGGAACAGGUCUCUUCAGGAGGGCGAUACUGUUGGUUACUCAGAAAAAUGAGAAACCAAACUUUUUCUUAAAAACACUUUGGUAGGAUGAGUGAUACUAAUUGUGGACUCGCAAGAACUCGUAUUUUGGGCCGAUGUAAAUCCAUGGCUUCCGAUGUAAAUCCUUUUGGUUUGGUAUUUUGGGUACCCAUAAUAUUGGGUCUUAUUUUUUCGAUGAUAACUUAAUUUCUGAGAGAUAUUUAAACCUUGUACUAAUAAAUGUGACAAGAUGUUAUGAACCUUUUACUAGGUGCCAGAUUAUUACGAGCUUCUUAAAUGCAGAACUUUCCAACAGGUGGAUAGGCAAUCUCGGGCCAGUUAGAUGACCUGCGAAGUCCCCAGACGAAACACCCCUUGAUUUCUUUAUAUGAGGUCACCUCAAAAAUCAAGUAUACAAUAGGUUUUAUGAAAACUUUGUAAAAUUAAGAGAAGCUGUUAACAGUAUCACUCCGCAGUCCUGUGAAGCAGUGUUGAAAAGGUUGUUGGAACACUUACUCUAAUUUUAUUGUAAAAUUCUGUUUUACAAAGGUUCUGUUUUGAAGGUAUGGAUAAAAAUUUGACUGACUUCUUUUCUCGAUCCUUUUUCUCCAAUUUUAUUGACUCCUUUUUUGUCCACUCAUGAUUAAAAUUUGUUUAAAAAUUGAAUAGCAAUAUCUGAAAUCUAAUUUUUGUUAUUUAUUCGGGACCAAACAUAAACGUGUUUACACGUUAUUGAAUAGCAAUUUUAAACAGGAUUUUUAUAAAUUUAGAACUUGAAUAUGACCAUACUCGGUUUUUAAAUUUUUUGACGCCAUUUUUAGUAUCGCCGUAUACUUAUACUCAUGUCCUGAAAAUUUGAACAUUUCAACUCCUAUAAUAAGGAAAAUUUUAAAAGAUCUUGUAUCUCAUACAGUUUCCAAUAUCCCAAUGUACAUCAUCUUAUACUCAACAUCCCGAAUAGAAUCUUUUUUAUUAGAUAAUUCUGUGUUUGUUUCAAUGUGGAUUGUUUGGAGCGUAGGAUUAAAAAUUUUGGUGUUUCGUGGUGUUAACAAGUAUUUCAGUUAUUAUGCUAGCAAAAUUGGACCUUUCGGGACGAAAAAAUCCUUUUAACAAAAACUGUAAAAACCCGUUUUACAAAUAAAUCUUGAUAACCUCGUAUAGUGCGCGACAAUCGACGAUGGUGCGUCACGUUUCGGAUUUGCAUCAUCAGGAUUUGGUCGAAAGCGACGCGGGCGCCAUCGCGGAAGGUGUGUGGCAAUACGUCAGCGAUUUAUUGAACGAUUACAAGAGUCACUGGUGCAGCGGUCCGGACCAUCGUCGCGACGACGAGGGUUACGAGGACGGAUCUUCUUCGAAUCAGAUGGCAUCGUUGCCUCACUCCCGGAGUUCGACCUAUUCCAGUUCGGAUUCUGAAACCUCGGACGAUUUACUCCCGGCCUCCUGCAGUCUGCAGGAAAUCAGACAGGAGGAUUUGGCGGCAAUCCUGCCCGACCAAAACGACUGUAACGAUUUCAAUGAUUUCGAGUGCAAAAAUGCCAAGGAUUCUCCCGCUACGGGCGACAUGUCGGGCUCGGACAUGGAGUUGCCCCAGCAGGCGAUCAAAUCCCUCAUCGAGCGCACCACCGAAUCUUCCAGCGACGGCGAAGGCCACCAGCUGCCCAACCCGCAAACCCUGUUCGCCAAUCGGAUACUGCAACAGUUCGUCGCCGAGACCCAAGUGGUCGCGAACCCCUGCCAAUCGACGGCUGGUAACUCGGAAGGGGCGAAGUGCCAGGGCGUAGCCCCAUCGACAGUGUCGGCGAAAGAGAGCAUCUGUGAUAAUAGCCAGGGGAGCAAGGCCGAAGCGGGCAGCGACCACCCCAAACGGAAGCGGGGUCGUCCGAAAAAGGGUGCAAAGGAGGCGGAGUCGAAGGUCGCGGAAGUGAGGUCGCAAGAUUUUUGCACCAACCCCAACGUUAGUCCUGAUUCCGGAAUCCAAAACAGUCCGGACCACGUGUCGAGUCCCGAGCCGUCGCUGUCGCCUCACAUUAGACAGAAAGCCACCCAGAACAAGGACGAGAAGAGACGGAAGCCGUCUGCCGAAAACAAAGCGUCCGACAGAUCGCGAACUCUCAAACACCAAAAGCAGCAAGACAAAACGAAAAUGGGCAAGUUGUCGGUGACGUCGAAUCAAUUCGACAGGGUGUUGUACGCCAAUGCGGACAAGGUACUGUACCCGCCACGGAGGAAGGUCGGGCGGCCGCCGAUGAGAAAGGGACCCGGAAGACCGCCCAAAAAUAAAACCGAAUCGGCCGAAGCGAAGGGCGCGACCGAUAAGACCGUUCAAAACUCCAAAAACGCCAAAAGCAGAAACAAGACGGCGUGCGCCAAAAACGGUAAACAGCAAGAAGCUUCCAAGACAAAUAAUAAGCCGUGCACGUUGAAAAUCCCGAAGAUAUUCCACAGCAAACACAAGCAGAAGCACAAGAAGCGGAAGUUCAAGAUUUUGAAGCCGCUGAUGGCGUGCGAUCCGAAGAUCAAUCAGGAGAUUGAGAAGUUGGUGACGGAUUUCGUGAAAUUUUGCGUGAUAGCGACCAAGCAGCCCAAGGAGAACGUGCCCGAGCAGAUCUUGAAAACGCUGAAGAAAGUGACGAAGAAGAGGCGCACCACGGAACACGUGGAGAAGAAGAAAAAGAAGCAGAGCGUGAACACGACUGUGAACAAGGUGAACAAUUCGAACGAGCAGAGGCUGCCGCUCAAAAAGCGACACUAUCACUUGGUGAGCAAUAGCAGCGAAACCGGCAAAGCGGACGCGGAAGAGACGAAAGACAAGGCGCCGGAGAGGGAGGAGGAGAUGAAAAGGAAGGAGAAGGUCAACAAAUCGGCGCCGGUCACGCCGAAACACGUGUCCGUCAUCAAGAACCACACGAAUAACAACGAGUACGAGUUGAAAACCGAGACCAAGGAGGCGAACGUCCACAUAGACGAGGCAAUCGAGGCUUGCAUCACGAAAUUUUCUGACGAGAAAACCGCGAUCACGGAAGAGAAGGUGAUGACAACGACGCCGAAGAAGCGGCACCGCCUGGAGAACAUGAGCUGCGGCCCGGAAACUCAGGCCGUCGUUAAAACGGAAACCGUCGCCUCGUCGGAGGAAAAAGUCAAGCCGAAAAUCACCGUCGAGUCGUUUAUACACGAGUUGAAGAUUAAACGGAACCUCACCAAAACUAUCGCGCCGCUGAGUGAAACGGAAGAAGACGAAGUGAAGAAGGACGACGUGGCUGAAACCGAGCAGGGCAGGGAGGUGCCGGAGGUGGAGAAAAAGAUCGAAGCGUCGCCGGAGAGCACCAAGAAGAAGGUGAGAAAAAGACGCGCGUUCAAUCGUACCGGCUUCCCGUCCGUGAAGAAAAAGAAGAAGAGAUCCGCGACGGCGGAAGCGGCGUCGCCGGAGGAGGCGGUGACCGCGUGCGACCGCGUGCCCAAGGAGGGCGAGGAGUACACCAAGUUCAUGGAGCGUAGCUCGGAGAAGAAGGCGGCCGCCAUAGAAGCGGGCAAGGCGGUGAUGCCCGGCGACGACCUGAUGAGCGAGUGCGAGAGCUUGCCGCAGGAGGAGCGAACGGAUUUCGAGGCGGGCGGCGGCGACAAGGACGGCGACGGGGACGACGACCACGAAAUGUCGCUGUUGGAGUCUUCCAUCGAGCGCUUGAAGUCGCGUUUGGAUCGCAAGAAGCGGAAACGCGGCCGAGAGUGCAAGGGCGUGGUCAAUGGGGAAAACGGGGCUGCGAAGAAGCGUAAGCGGGACGUGUCGCCGGCCAGUAGCGUCCCGUCGAACGAGAGCCGAAUGAGGGAUGACCGGGCCAGCGUCAGCGGCGACGAAACCAAGAAGAACAAAAAAGUGCCGAGGUGGAGAAAGAGGUUCCUCGUCGCCGGACUAUUUUCAGAUUACUACAAGGAGGACGAGUCGAAACGGCAGGAGAAUACGAAAUCCCUGAGAAACCUCAUUUACAAUCCCGAAGAUCAUCCGUACGGGCUGCUGCCGCCGCCGUAUCACUGCGGCAAGUACCUCAGGUGCCGCCGGGUCGAUUUCCAGCUCCCGUACGAUCUCUGGUGGCAGCACACGCAUUCCCAGCUGCCGGGACGGGACGUGGUACCGUCGUGGAAUUACCGCAAGAUACGCACUAACGUUUACAACGUCAAGACCAGCGGCGGCACGUGCGAGCCGCAGGCGUGCAACUGCAAGCCGUCGUCGAACUGCGGCGACGACUGCAUCAACCGAUUGGUGUACUCGGAGUGUCCCGCUACUCACCGCUGCCACAACCAGAAGAUCCAGAAGCACGAGUGGGCGCCCGGCAUCGAGAAAUUCAUGACCGAAGACAAGGGGUGGGGCGUGCGCACGAAGGAACCGAUCAAACAGAGCGAGUUCAUAUUGGAGUACGUCGGCGAGGUGGUCUCCGAUCAGGAGUUCAAGGAACGCAUGAACAGCAUCUACGUGAACGACACGCACCACUAUUGCCUCCACUUGGACGGCGGCCUCGUCAUCGACGGUCACCGUAUGGGCGGCGACGGUCGUUUCGUCAACCACUCGUGUCAACCGAACUGCGAAAUGCAAAAGUGGAGCGUGAACGGUCAGUUCCGGAUGGCGCUGUUCGCGUUGCGCGACAUCGAACCCUACGAAGAACUGACUUACGACUACAACUUUUCGCUGUUCAAUCCUGCCGAAGGGCAGGAGUGCAAGUGCGGCAGCGACAACUGCCGCGGCGUCAUCGGCGGUAAGACGCAACGGAUCCGACAGUUGCCGGAGAGCGGGGCGCCGCCCAAGAAUCCCGGCCGCGUCGGUAGACCGAGGAAGACGGAGGCGACCAAGAAGAAGCCGUGCGCGGCAAAGGAGGUGCCGGCCGCUAGCGUCGCCGCCUCCUCGCUCGGUAACGGCGGUAACCCGCCCCCCGCUCAGGUCGUGCCCCAGAUCCAGGUGAAACCGAUGAGCCAUCAGCAGAAGGUUUUCAUACUGGAGCAUCACUGUUUCCUGUUGCGGAACCUAACCAAGGUGAGAAAGGUCAGAGAUAGAUCCUUAAGCACCACUUCCAACACGGCUUCGAGACAACAAACCGCCACGCCAACUGACACCAGCGCUUUCAUGAAUCAACUAAACGCCCUUCAGAAACCCAGAAACAUGAAAACGAGACGCAUAGCCCAAGCGGAAGACGAUCCGGAGCUGAAGAAAACCGUGAAGCUGGCGGCGGUCCUAAAAGAAAUUUGCCACGUAUUGAUCAACGCGAAAGACGACGACGGCGAGCCCCUCUGCGCCGGUCUGAUGCAGCUGCCCUCGAAGAGGAAAGUGCCCGAGUUCUACCAGCGCGUUUCGAACCCGAUAGAUAUCGCCACCAUCGAGCAGAACAUCGCGACGGGCGUUUACAAGUCGCCCCAGGCGUUCGACGAAGAUAUCACUCGCCUAUUUGUCAGCUUUUCCAAAUUUUACGGCAGAACCAGCGACACAGGGAUAUGCGCUACCAAACUGAAGAAGAUCUAUGCGGAUACCAAGCAAAGGAGUUUGGCCAAGCUGGAAGACGUGCUCGGAGCGAAACCGCCUCCGACGUUCGUCAACAACAGAAAGAAACACGAAGAAGAGGAUAUCAUACGGUGCAUAUGCGGGAUACCCAGGGACGAGGGCCUCAUGAUUCAGUGCGAGCGUUGCAUGGUGUGGCAGCACAACGAAUGCGUGAAAGCCGACGUCUCGGCAGCCAGCUAUCACUGCGAGAUUUGCGUGCCGCGCCCCGUCGAAUACGAAAUUCCCAUGGACGAAUUCACCGAACAUGGUCACCGGUACUACAUGACGUUGAUGCGGGGGACGCUCCAGUUACGGCAAGGAGACACCGUCUACGUACUACGCGACAUCCCCAUCACCGGCACCGAUCAAAAGCACACCUACGAAACCAUCGGCAAGAUCGAUUAUACGGAAUUGGACAUAUUUCGGAUAGAGAGACUUUGGAAGGACAAGGACAGCGGAAAGAGGUUCGCCUACGGUCACCAUUACCUCAGGCCGCACGAGACAUUCCACGAGCCGACCAGAAAAUUUUUCCCGAACGAGGUGAUGCGAGUCCCACUUUACGAAGCUGUUCCCGUGGAACUCGUCAUGGAACACUGCUGGGUGAUGGACGUCAACACAUUCUGCAAGGGCAGGCCGAUCGGUGCCCAGGAACAGCACAUUUACAUCUGCGAAUAUAGGGUGGACAAGGCAGCGAAGAUGUUCAGCAAGGCUUCCAAAAGCAAGUUCCCUAUAUGUACGAAGAGUUUUGCGUUUGAGUGUUUCGAGACGCGCCUCAAAAUUUCGAGGACGUAUUGUCCGCACGAGGUAGACGAGUCGCUCAUCAAAGGUAGCGGUGGUAGGAAGAAGGAGAACAAGGAGGAGAAAGCGAUCUCAAAGUACGAGACAAAUAAUGUUCAGACGCAGCCCGUACCUGCAGUCAACGUAGUGACUAGGACUCCGGCGCAGCGAAAGACUCGUCUAAACAAAAUUUUAUUGAAUCUCUUGAGCAAGAUGCCAACGAAACACGUCCUGGACGUCUCUUAUCUGCUGGAGGGAGGCCGGAGAAGGAAGAAACAGGAGGGCCACAACAAACAAUGACAGGCCGCAUGGUGUCGCUGCCUCGAACAAUAAAAUUUAAGAGACUGGGUGAUAUUUACGAGAUAUUUGUCUAUUAAGGAGAAACGAGUAUUUUUUAUGAAAAUGUUAUGAUGGAUAUAAAAUAGGCGAAUUAAGCGGUUUGUUUUCUCUCGGUAACGUCGUUUAUAUAGGGUGUUUUUUUUUUCGAUUAGUUUGAAAGGGAGUGAAAGAGAGAGCCUUGCAUUUUCCACGCUUCUUAAAUUUCGGUUUCUUCAUCGUCGCAUUUGAAAAAAACACUCUACUUGUUGGAUAUAAGGUGCAUCAUCGAUUGGUGACUUUUUCAGAAGACUAGUCAGUAUUGUUAUCUCUUAAUUAUCGAGCUUAGCGAUUUAUUUAUUUGUAAAUAUUGAUGAAAUUGUUGUAAUUAUAGUUUGGAAUCGGUUUAGGUCUUUUUUUAUCCCACAUUGUUGCAUCUGUCGUUGUUUGUAAUGUUUUGGCAAAAAGAGGUGCGAAGCGAUUCUGCAUUUGCUGUAUUUCUCGUUUAAUGGCGGUGGACAACAUUCGUCUUGUAUAUUUUUUGCGUAUUUUUUUUUAAUUUAUUGUAUCUUUAAUUGUAAUAUUUUUAUUGAUCUUGCCUCUCAUAGAAGUAAGGGUUAGAUUAUUCUCACAUUAUACAGUUAUUAAUGUUUUUAUCU